AUGGUUUUUGGGCAUAAUGAAAGUGAUAAACGUGUUCUGAAGGUUUAUAAUGGUGGAGAAGUGAUGAAUCACUAUCCAUUCAUGGCGGCCAUCUUUAUAAAUACGAGUAAAGGCUGGAUGUAUGCUUGCGGGGGAACGGUGAUUGCCCGGGAAUGGAUCUCACAGCUGCACAUUGUUUGGAAGAGAUGGUGCAGCAGCCAAAACGCCUCGUACUGGCGAAAGAUCUCCUCGUUUUGGUGGGAACUAAACGAGUCAAACAGCCAUUGGACACAACUCACA